CUGGUGCCGACGUGGUGGGUGCAGUGGGAUACCGCUGGUCAGGAGAGGUUCCGGACCAUCACAAGUAGCUACUAUCGUGGAGCCCACGGAAUCAUUGUUGUUUAUGAUGUGACAGACCAAGAGAGCUUCAACAACGUGAAGCAAUGGUUGAACGAAAUUGAUCGAUACGCCAGCGAGAACGUAAACAAGCUUCUCGUGGGCAACAAAUCAGAUCUUGCUUCGAAGAAGGUGGUGGAUUAUGAAACCGCUAAGGCAUUUGCCGAUGAGAUUGGAAUUCCUUUCUUAGAAACAAGUAAAAGAAUAGCACAGUCCAGACAUUAUCUUCCAGGCAGCGCACAACUAAACGCUGCGCCCCCAAUUCCUGCUCUUGUUACCACCCUAGAAGACUUCAGCAACCCUCAUGCAGCACCAGGCCACAGCAAGUAG